AAUGGAGAUGCACUUGAUCAAAUGAAUCCACCAUUCAAGUUUAUUCUAAAAUCUUCUCACAAUCAAGAAUGAUGGCUUCUAAGAGUUCCCAAAUUGGGUUGUUUCUCCUUUCAGUACUUGCUUUCGCUGUCUACUUCGAGACGACAUCCGUAGAAGCCCUUACAUGUAACGCAGGAGAAACUUAUGUAGAAACACCUAUAAUUGCUGUUGGUCCGGGGGGAUCUUGCAGUAGGUCUCUAAGUGACUGCGAUAAUAGAUGUGCAGGUCAGGGAAGACCUGUGCGUUACAAGCAGUGCCAAAUCAUAGGAUUUUUGCGAGACUGGACUAGAUGCCAGGCUUGCUGUGGAGCACCACCUCCACGUCCAUCUCCACCACCACCUCCUCCAUCUCCACCACCACCAUCACCCCCACCACCAGCUACACCACCACCACCUCCGCCAAGACCCUCAGGAGAUCUAUGUGAUGCAACUGAGAAUUCUUUUUCGAGGGCUGGAACAAGUUGCACAGGCUGUACAUCUGCUGAUUGUAAUAGUAAAUGUACGGCAAUUGGAGAAACAGUGAUUUUUGACGGGUGUAAUCCUUUUAAUUUCCUCUGCACCUGUUGCUGCACUAAAAGCUCCCUUUCAUCAUCAACAAGGGCCCUUGAUUCAUCAUCAUCCGCAUCAGCAUAACGAAUAAUGUUUUGGUAAAUUUAUCACCUGGUCGUUAGCUGGCUAGCUGCAGCCAAUGUGAUUCUCAUAUUGAGUGAUCCUUAUGGCGUUAAUAAAUAAAAAUAAGGAACAUGUAGUGAUCCAUAAUUUUUCAUCUUCGAUUGAUCUAUAUGUAAUCGUAUCAUCACAUGUCAAAUAAGACUGUUAAAGUCUCAAAAUCUAAAUUAGACAUGAUUGUGAUGACCGUUUUUGUUAACAGCAAGUCUAAUUAAGAUUCCUUUCGCUUUAGUAUACCUCUUUCUUUUUAAGAACAUAGAAUGAAGGUUCAGCUGUUUAGAGAGAAUAAUUUUUUUAU